ACUGGCAUCGAUAAUUGGAAGAGGCAACAUUGAAAUUCCAGUGAAAGCUCCUUCCAUCACACCCCUUCCCAACUAUCAGCUCAUAUAGCACACUGUACCUUGUAUGCGGCGUGCGAAGGUAGACUGGCUGGACUGCUGCAGAACAGCAUUCGGCGUCAGCACCGGCAGCCCCAGCAGAACUUCACAUUUACGCACGCGUGACCGCGUUUUGCAACGAUACGAGCAAGUUCAUAUCUGCUGGCAACAUGGGGGCAAUAAGGACACUUGUGGCUGUUCUCAUCUUGGCAUCUUGUCUUUACAGCAGUGGUGCCCAGAAAACAGUGUGCACCCAGGAGGCAGUGGCUGACAUUGUGUUCCUGGUGGACGGCUCCUGGAGCAUUGGCACAGAGAACUUCCAGCGGAUUCGUGCCUUCCUGGUCUCAUUGGUAGACAGCUUUGGUGUGGGCCCGGACCAGGUUCGGAUAGGUCUGGUUCAAUACAGCACCAAACCUGUCACCGAGUUCCUUCUGAAUGCCUACACAGACAAGCAGGAGAUUCUGCAGCACAUUCAGAACCUGCCCUACAGGGGCGGUGGCACCAAGACCGGGCUGGGCCUGGAGUUCAUGCUUUCCCAUCACUUUGCAGAGAGGUUUGGCAGCCGGGCCAAUGAGGGGGUCCCACAGUUUGCAGUGGUCAUAACAGACGGACAGUCCCAGGACAACGUUAAGCAGCCAGCAGAGAUGGUGAAGAGACGUGGCAUCACACUGUAUGCUAUCGGUAUCAAAGAUGCAGUGCUGGAGGAGCUGCAAGAGAUUGCCAGUGACCCAGAUGAUAAGCAUGUCUACAGUGUGUCUGACUUUGCUGCUCUGCAAGGCAUCUCCCAGAGUGUCAUUCAGGUGCUCUGCACCACAGUGGAAGAAGCCAAGCGUCAGAUUGCUCAGAUGUCCCUGGAGUGUAGAAAGGCCACCAUGGCAGACAUUGUGUUUCUUGUGGAUAGCUCCUCAAGCAUUGGCCCUGAUAAUUUCCAGCAAAUUAGGCUUUUUCUUCAUGACUUUGUGGAUGGCCUCGAUGUGGGAAUUAACAAAGUGCGUAUAGGACUGGCCCAGUUCAGCAGUGAGCCUCACCAGGAGUUUCUCCUGGGAGAGCAAAUGGAGAAAAGGGUUCUCUUGGAGCAGAUAGACAAAUUGAAAUACAGGACGGGGGGCACCCAAACAGGAAAAGCCCUCCAGUUUCUCCAGUCUACCUACUUCACUGAGGCUGGGGGUAGCCGGGCCAGUGAGAAUGUCCCACAGAUCGCUGUGGUGAUCACAGAUGGGAGCUCCACUGAUGAUGUUGAGGCUCCUGCUCAGAAGCUCAGGAAGCAAGGUGUCAUCAUCUUCGCCAUUGGAAUUGGGGAUGCCAACAGAGAACUCCAGAAGAUCGCCAACAGCCCACACCAGCACUUCCUUAUCAGCAUUGAUAGCUUUCAAGCACUGCAGCGGGUGACUCAGAGUUUUCUGCAGACAGUAUGUACUGGUGUGGAAGUACAGAUACAAGCAUUAGCUCCAAGAUUUGCUGAUGUGUUCAUCCUGGUGGACAGCACAGCUGAGAUGGGAAAGGUGAGAAUCCUCCUGAAUCAAACGGUCAACCAGUUGAAUGUUGGCAGUGAGGCACAUCGGAUCGGCUUGGCUCAGUUCGGCUCUGACACUAAGGUGGAGUUCCUGCUGAACAAGUAUCGGACCAAAGACGAAGUUCUGCUUCAUUUGAAGAACCAGUUCCGACUGCGGCCUGGGAAGGACCGUCAGUUAGGGCGGGCCCUGGAACAUGCUCGUGUCAAUUUCUUCAACGCAGCUGCUGGCAGCCGGAUUGCUGAAGGUUUCCCGCAGUUCCUGGUGGUCAUCACCGCUGGGCAGUCACAGGACAGUGUGAUAAGGGCUGCACAAUCAAUCAAGACUGAGGGGGUGACCGUCAUCUCCAUUGGACUGCCUAAAACCAACAGACAGGAGCUGGAGCUCAUUGCUACAUCACCCUAUGUGUUCCAGACAUCAACAAAAAGUAUUGCAUUGAUAUCUGAGGAGGUGAAAGGUAUAAUUGAAUCUAAGGACUUGACACUGCCAACAGGGCCUUCAGAUUGCAGGUCAGUCAGAAUGGCUGAUAUUGUUUUCAUUGUGGAGCAAUCUGGCAGCAAGGCUAAUUUCCAGCAAGUUCGCAACUUCAUCUAUCGCAUUGUAGAUGGUCUCGAUGUUAGCUUCAAGAAAGUGAGGGUGGGUAUCGUAUUGUACAACAAUGCUCCAAAAGCAAUGGUCUACCUGAACAGCAUUAAGGAGAAGGCUGAUGUCCUGCAGUUCAUUAACAUCCUGCCAUACCGAGAGGGGAGUACUAAGACUGGCGCUGCCUUGAACUUUACCCGUGAAAACAUGUUCAGCAAGAGUGCGGGGGGCCGGAAGGACCAGGGGGUGCAGCAGCUGGCCAUCGUCAUCACCAGCAGGAAGUCCCAGGAUGAUGUUGGAACAGCUGCGGCGGCACUGCGCCGCACAGGGGUCACUGUAUAUGCUGUUGGGGUGAAGGAUGCUGACCAUAACGAACUGAACCAGAUCGCCUCCUAUCCUGCCAGGAACCACGUCUACGAGGCCGACAGCCUUGCUCAACUGGAGAAGAGCCUUCAGAAGCUUUUGUGUAACAACAUCCUUCAAAGAGCCUUUGCUGCUUCUGCCAUAAAUUUCAAUCUGAAAACAGGCUGUGUUCAGACGGAGCAAGCAGACUUUUACUUCUUGAUCGACCACUCUUCGAGCAUCUAUCCAAGUGGCUUCCAGGACCUGAAAAAGUUCAUCCUAGAGUUUAUGAAAAUGUUCAGGAUUGGGCCAAACCAGGUUCGGGUGGGAGUAGUGAAAUUUUCACAUUACCCUAUGCUGGAAUUUGGUCUGACAAACUACACCAGCAGCAGUUCGUUGGAGACAGCUGUGAAAAACAUCAGUCAGUUGGGUGGGGAUACAGAGAUUGGGCAAGCACUGACCUUCAUGGGCCCACAGUUUAAGGAUGCCUCCAAGACCCGGGGCGAGAAGGUGCCCAAGUAUCUCAUCGUCAUCACUGAUGGGAAGUCCAGUGACAGCGUUGAGCAGCCAGCAAAAGAGCUGCGUGAUCAGGGUGUUAUCACCUAUGCCAUUGGGGUGAGGGGUAACGAUGGUGCUGACGAGGAUGAGCUGCAGCAGAUUGCUGGCUCUCCAGAGAGGAAAUUCUUUAUCAAUGACUUUGAUGCUCUGAAACCCAUCAAAGAUGAAAUUGUCACAGACAUCUGCAGCAAAGAGGUUUGCAAGGAUGUGGAAGGAGAUGUCUUGUUCUUGAUUGAUGGUUCAGGCAGCAUCUCCAACGACGAGUUCCAGAAGAUGAUGAAGUUCAUAUGGUCUCUAUUAAACAAGUCUGAAAUAGGUCCAGACAAACUCCAAUGUGGUGUCUUGCAGUUUAGUGACACACAGCAAGAGGUGUUUCCCCUGAACAAGUUCUAUGAUAAAAAGAGCAUUGAACAGACUAUUAGCUCCAUUCAGCAGUUGGGUGGAGGAACUCUCACAGGAGCUGCACUGUCUUUCGCCUCAAAUUACUUUGACUCACCCAAAGGAGGGCGUUUGAAUGUCAAGCAGUUCUUGAUUGUGAUCACUGAUGGCGAGGCCCAAGAUGAAGUAGCCAAGCCAGCUGAAGAGCUGAGAAACAAAGGCGUGAUCAUCUACUCAAUUGGAGUUCUCAGUGCCAACAACUCCCAAUUGCGGGAGAUCAGUGGGACCCAGGAAAGGGUGUUCUCUGAGAGGAACUUUGAUGCACUCCAACAUUUAGAAGAACAAAUUCACUAUAAGAUUUGCCACCCUGAGGCUGACUGCAAGAGGAUAGAGUUUGCAGAUGUGAUCUUCCUAGUGGAUGGUUCAAGCAGCAUCCAGCCAAGUGAUUUCCAGAGCAUGAUAAAAUUCAUGACAUCAAUAGUGAAUAACACAGAGGUUGGGGAAAACAGUACCAGGUUUGGAAUUAUUUACUCGGACAAACCCAAAACCAAUUUUACAUUGAACCAGUACUACACCAAGAGAGAAGUUCAAAGAGCUGUUGCUGCCCUGGAACCGCCUGGCGGUAACACCUACACAGCCUUGGGCCUGCAGCACUCGCUGGCCUUAUUUGAACCACAGUACGGUGGCCGUGCUGCUGAAAAGGUUCCUCAGAUCCUGAUGGUGAUCACAGAUGGGGUGGCCACAGAUGGAGUGGACCUUCGCGAGAGGUCCAGGGCAGUGAGAGAGAAGGGCAUCAAGAUUUAUGGCAUUGGAGUGGCGAAAGCUAAGGAGAAGGAACUGGAAGUCAUGACGGCGGAUCCAAAGAACGUGUUCUAUGUGGACAGCUAUCAAGGCCUGGAAGUGCUCUUCAAAAACCUCUCCAAAGUGCUGUGUGCUGAAACGAAACGAGUGUGUCAGAAGCAGAAGGCUGAUCUGGUGAUACUUAUGGAUGGAUCCAGCAGCAUUGGGGAAGCUGAUUUUAACAUGAUGAAGACAUUUAUGUCAGACCUGACUGGCACUUUCCAAGUAAGCCAGGAAAAUGUGAGAGUAGGGAUGGCCCAGUUCAGCACGAAACCCCAUGAAAGCUUUUAUCUUAACCAGUACAACAAUGUAAAAGAUGUCAAGGACAGUAUCCUGGCCAUUAAGCAAGUUUUCGGGGGCACGCAGAUCGGCAAAGCUUUGUACUUUAUGAAGCGGUUCUUUCAAUCCUCCACUGGGAGCCGGAUUGCCCAGAAAGUCUCUCAGAACUUGGUGGUGAUCACAGAUGGUGAGUCCGAAGAUGAUGUGGAGCAUGCAGCCAAGGAAUUAAGGUCCAUGGGCAUAAACCUGUUUGUCAUCGGCGUGGGUGGGAUCCAUAAAUUCCAUGAUUUGCUGCAGAAAAUCGCUGGGUCCCAGGACAGGUUCUUCACUGCCCAAAACUUUGCCGGUUUGGAGAAGAUCAAGGAGAAUGUGGUGGACACCGUAUGCAAUCCACCCGUUGGCCCCCCAGAUAUUUGCUCUGUGGACAUUGGAAUUGGAUUUGACAUCUCCCGGAGGCCGCGAGCUGAUCUGCUCUUCAAUGGUCAGCGGAAGUUGAAGGCAUACUUGCAUGACAUCAUCCGUUAUUCAUCCUCCCUGGAUGAACUCUGCUGCACUGAAGGCAAAAGCAUCAAGCCCAACAUUGGCUUCCUGGUGGCUGGCGAAGAUGGGAGGGUCAUUGAUGAUUACGGGUUUGAAUGGUAUAAUGAGCAGGUGGUUCAGAAGGUGAUGGCCCUGCAGACCUCUGAGCCAACCUUCUUUAAUGUGCAGCUGCUGCAGGCCUUCUCUACAAAGUUCAAAAAACAGUCCCGUGCCGGAGUGAAGAUCCUGAUAAUAUUCACAGAUGGAUUUGAUGACAUCAUUGAAAAGCUAGAGGCAGAAUCAGACCGCCUCAGAAGAGAAGGAAUUCAAGCAUUGCUGUUAGUGGGUCUGGAGGGUGUCCGGAACCCCAGCGAUCUUCAGAUGGUUGAAUUUGGAAGAGGUUUUGGCUACAAGCAGCCCCUGUCCAUCGGCAUGCAGAAUGUUGCCAGUGUCAUGUUAAAGAAAAUCGAAACUGUAGUAGAACGGGAAUGCUGUGGGGUGAUGUGUAAGUGUUCUGGUCAGGAGGGGGUCCGUGGUCCCAGGGGGGUGCCAGGGGGAAAGGGCCUGCCAGGUUCAAAGGGUUACCUUGGAUUCCCAGGAGAAGAAGGAGUGAUUGGGGAGAGAGGUCCACCAGGAUUGAAUGGAACACAAGGGUUACAGGGCUGUUCUGGGAAAAGAGGAAUCAAGGGAUCGAGAGGCUACAUGGGCAAUAAAGGAGAAGAUGGGGAUAACGCACUGGAUGGGAUCCAUGGAGAGCAGGGUAUGACUGGAUUGCCAGGUGCCCUCGGAGAGAGAGGAAGUCCAGGAAGCCCAGGCCAGAGGGGCAUCCGAGGGGAACCUGGGAACAGAGGUCAGCCCGGUCUGAGAGGUGACCCUGGGGAGCCUGGUGAAGAUAACACAGUACGUGGCCUGAAGGGUGAAAAAGGAAACCCAGGCAUGCAGGGAGAUGCAGGAGAUGAUGGCCCUCCUGGAGAAAAUGGUAUUCCAGGAUAUAGAGGUGCUCAAGGUAGAAGAGGUCCACCUGGAGAUGAGGGGGAGAAGGGAAAGCCGGGACAGCUGGGGCUUCCAGGGAGCCCUGGACCCAGUGGUCCACAGGGCGUGAGUGGACCCAAGGGUCUACCUGGACCAUUCGGAACUCUUGGUCUUCCUGGGCCACAGGGGAAACCUGGUCCAGCAGGAGACAAAGGAUUGCCUGGAAGUCAUGGAUUCAAAGGACAAAAGGGCCAGCCAGGAGACACUGGAGAGAAAGGAGCAGUCGGACCCUUGGGACCAAGAGGGAUGCCGGGCCUUGAUGGCAGAGAUGGUUAUGGUUUGCCUGGACCCAAAGGAUUAAAGGGAGAACCAGGCUUCCCAGGUUACCCAGGACUCCAGGGAGAGGGUGGAUUCCCUGGAGGAAAUGGAGGUCAAGGUCUCAAAGGAAACCGUGGCAGAAGGGGGAACUCAGGCAGGCCAGGUGAACCAGGAGAACUUGGAGCUUCAGGGCCUCCAGGACACCCGGGGCCCAGAGGACCAGCUGGAACCAGAUCAAAGUCUGCCUGUCAGCUGGUAAAUUAUAUCAGGGACAACUGUGUUUGCUGCCUUGGUCGGACAGAAUGUCCGGCUUACCCGACAGAGCUGGUGAUUGCCCUGGACAUGUCAGAAGAUGUGUCUCCUCCGAUCUUUGAAAGAAUGCGCAGAGUGGUCCUCACCCUGCUAGAGGACAUGUCGAUUGCUGAGAGUAACUGCCCCACAGGGGCCCGUGUAGCCGUCCUGUCCUACAGCUCCAACACCAAGUACCUUAUCCGCUUCUCUGACUACCACCGCAAGCGCCACCUCAUGGAGGCAGUGAAAAACAUCCCCCUGGAGAGGACCUCUAACCGCAGAAACAUUGGGGCAGCCAUGAGGUUCGUGGCCCGGAACGUGUUCAAGCGGGUCCGCCAAGGGGUGCUGAUGAGGAAGGUAGCGGUCUUCUUCACCAACGGGCUGUCUCAGGACAUGGCUGCAAUCACCACAGCAGUGCUGGAGUUCAAGGCCCUCGACAUCACCCCCGCAGUCCUCGCUUUCAGAAACCCUCCCAAUGUCCGCCGUGCUUUUGAGGCUGAUGAAACCAGGAGCUUUUUGCUCACUGUCAUGAGGAGACCACAGGAUCUGGGUUCUGACCUGAGGCAGGUGCAGCAGUGUGUCAUCUGCUACGACCCUUGCAGCCCUGCUGAGGCCUGCAGGGGCAUCAACUUGGUACCGGUGCCUCAGGAGUUGAACAUAGACCUGGCAUUGGUGGUGGACAGCUCUCGCAACAUGCAGGCGGACCAGUAUGGGGACAUAAAGCAGCUGCUGGGCACUGUGCUGGACCAGAUUGUGGUUAGCACUCAGCCUGGUGGGCCCAACAAGAAAGCCAGGGUAGCGCUGGUGCAGCACAGCACAUCCAGCUACCCCCCCAGGGAAGGCCAGGUGCCAGUAAAGGUGGAGUUUGACCUCUUGGGCUACAAGGACCGCAACAAAAUGAAGACACAUAUCUUCCAGGCUAUGCAACAGAUCGGGGGUGCUUCAGGGCUAGGCCAUGCCAUAGAGUGGACCAUACAGAACAUCAUGCUGAAGGCUGCCAAUCCUCGCGAAACCAUGAUGGUCUUAGCCAUCAUUGGAGGGGAGACCAGCCACUGGGACACAGCUAAGCUGCACACCAUAGCCCAGCAAGCUAAGUGUCGGGGUGUGGUGGUUUUCAUCCUCACUGUUGGUGAUGAAUUGAACUACGCACAAUUUGAGGAGCUAGCAAGCUUCCCGCUGGAGCAGCACAUAGUCCACCUGGGUCACAUGAAGCACGGUGAACAAGAGUAUGCUCAAAGAUUCCUCAGAAGCUUUCUGCACAUGUUGAGAAGAGGAAUAAAUACAUAUCCCUCAGCCACCCUUAAAAAGCAAUGUGAGAAUGUACCGCUGCUGACUGGCCAGGGAGAAGCACUGGAAGGCCAGGCCAUUGACAGGAUCCCAGUGCCCAGUAUUCCUGUCCUAGAGGAAGGCAAGGUGGAGUACAUUGAUUGGACAGAAGAACCACAAGUGGACUUCACUCCCACCGUUGUGGAGGAAUCCGAAAGCCAGCCAAGCCCAGGGAGCGGAGAUGAGGCUGUGUGUUCUCUACAGCAGGAUGAAGGCAGCUGUGGAAACUACACCCUCAAAUGGUACUUCGACGUGAAGCAGAAUGAGUGCUCCCGCUUCUGGUAUGGCGGGUGUGGUGGGAACGACAAUAGGUUUGAAACUCAAGAGGCGUGUGAGGUACUCUGUCUGAGAGUACGAUAAGGAAGACCCCAGAAUCAGUUAACUUUAGCCAAUUAAAUUACACCCCAAACGAUGUUGUAUUUUUACAAAUGUGAUCAGAAAAUCUGGUAUUUUUAUUAAUAAUUAUGAUUAAGUCCCAGUACUGUUUAAGAAGACUGUUAAUGGGUAAAGGAAGUUAUUUGGAUGUAUUAUUAUUGUUGUUUUAUUUUGUAGAAGCCCCUGUCAACCCAUGGCCAAAAACUUAUGCGUACAGUAUAUCAUUGUGAAAGAUUAAAAUCCACGUCAAUAUAAGGGACCAGUAUUGCUACUUGACCACCUUUUGAUUACAAUCAAAAGUUGUUAUAGUUGUUAUAUGUUAUAGACUGAGAAAAUGUAUUGUGUCUGAACAUUAUUAUGGGCUGUUACACUAUCUGAAAUGAUCUGAAACUAUCUGAAUUUAUCAAAUGAAAUCCCACAUUCGGCCAUGAACCAUGAGUCAAUAUAUUCCUGUGAGUUACUGUCAUGUAAUUAGUAUUCGGAAAUAUAACCAUCAGCUCUGACAUUUCUGUUGUAAAAUAAAUCACAGGUGAUGUAUGCUUGGAUACAGGAGUGAAACAUUGGAAACAUUCUUUAAUCUCAGAAAGCUAAAGGAAACCCCUAAUCUUGUGGAUUUUAACAGCACUGUUUUUAGUCUUAAAUGCAGUCAUUACAUGCACAAUACAAUUAAAACUUACAGACCAUACAGA